AUGUCGGAGAAGAUUUCGAAGGCGAGCAUCACCUCAGGUGUUGAGGAGGAUAAAGUUGAAACAUAUGGAGACGACCCAGCCCUUGAAGCAAAACUUCGGAGGAAAUUCGAUCUGAUGAUCCUGCCUAUUGUCACUGGAAUAUUCCUACUCGCUUUUAUUGAUAGGGCGAAUGCUGGCAAUGCACGAAUCCUUGGUAUGGCUAAGGACUUGGAUCUUAGCGGAUACCGGUUUAAUAUUGCAAUGACCGGCUUCUACUGUAGCUACAUCGUUCUUGAGAUACCAGCAAAUAUGAUGUGCAAAUGGUUGGGACCCAAGAUUUGGCUCUCCUUUCUUAGCUUUGGGUUCGGUAUAGUUACGAUGUGCACGGCGUUCAUCACAUCAUAUGAAGGCCUUGUCGUCGGGAGAGUAUUCCUUGGGGCACUUGAAUCUGGGAUCAUGCCUGGAAUCAGCUUCACCCUCUCUCAAUUUUAUCGCCGACAUGAGCUUGCAACCAGGAUAGGAUUUUACUCCAGCGUUGCGCCUCUCAGCGGUGCAUUCGGCGGGCUCCUGGCCACUGGCCUUAAUAAAGUCCCUAAAUGGGGAAUGGUCCAUGGUUGGAGGAAUAUUUUCUUCUUCGAGGGCCUGCUCUCCAUCAUUCUCAGCGUGAUAUCAUACACCAUGUUACCGAAAUCGCCGGCUACAGCAUCAGGUCUUACACCGGAAGAGCGAUCUUACGCCGCAUGGCGCAUCGCCGAAGAGAGCAGAUCUCAUGUUCCGCAAAAGACUUCAUCGAAACACUUUAAAAUGGCUGUGUUCAACAUCAAUGUCAAUAUAAUGGCAUUUGCUUGUACCUGCACAUUCCUUACCAUGACUUCACUGUCCAUUUUCCUUCCAUCCAUUCUGAACAGCAUGGGAUACAGCCCUGUCCAGUCACAGCUGAUGUCUGUGCCCCCAUUCGCGUGGUCUGCCGCUAUCUGCCUCGCCAUCGCGUAUAUCUCUGAUCGAACAAAGUCUCGUGGUCUCUGGCUUCUGACAAUCAUGCCCUUCACCGCCGCUGGCUUCCUGGUACUGAUCCUGGCGACCAAGCCGGCCAUCCUCUACUUUGCUACCUUCCUUACGCUCACUGGAUCAUUCACUUGUGCACCAAUGCUUGUGGCUUGGGCUGUCGAUAACACUGCUGGCUCCAACGUCCGUGCUGUGAGUUCCGCUUAUGUGGUCAGCAUUGCAAAUCUCGGAGGAAUCGUGGCCACAUGGACAUAUCUGCUUCCGGAUGCGCCCAGGUAUAUUUCUGGCCAUGCAAUCAACUUCGGGGCAGCAGUGGUGUGCUGUGUUCUGAUGACUAUUGCAACAAUAUAUCUCAGAUGGCAGAACAAGCUGAAGGCAAGGGGUCACUACGACUAUUUGUUACAAGGGCUCAAUGAGGAAGAGCAGGCUGCGUUGGGACAUAACCAUCCCAGCUACAAGUACACGCCGUAA